AUGGCCAAUCCCAUCUUGAAAGACCAUGUUGCGAUUGCUGCUGCCCCUACACAGUUGCCAAUGGAGUCUGAGAAGGCUCAAUCUGGCUUGCAUGUUGCACACAGCCGUAUUGUGUUGACACCGCAUCCUUCGGAUGACCCCAGAGAUCCCCUGAAUAGGCAGAGUGCUCGCCGCCCUCUGCCUGGCCUGCUUCUGCGGCUUCACCAGCGUCUCACAUCACAGCUCGAGAUUGGCCCGCUCUCGACUCUCUAUCAUCAGCCUCCGACGGCCAUUGCCUACCAGAACUCAUCAGCCAAUGCCGGCAUAAUAACUGGCGGCAUAUUCUUCUAUGUGCUGUCCUUCAUCAUCGGCCGCCCUUUCAUCUUCUUCUGGCCGCUUAUCGGCCUCAUGGGCUCCGACUUGUGGUCGUCUUACAUGACAAAAGCCGAUCAACUCGACAUCUUCAUCGUGUCGCGCGGCUUUGCUGGCUUCUUCGGCAACGCCGUGGGAGUUCUUGGUCCGCACAUGCUCAUUGACAUGCUCAUCCUACACCAGCGUGGCCGUGCAUUCACCAUCUUUCACGUCUACUUCGACUUUGGCACCUCUGCUAGCCCCUGUCUCUGUUCUUUUGUCGGCUUCGCGGCCCUUCUCGUCUUUCUGUUCGUCGAGGCCACAACUUGGGAUCGCAUUCCUGGAGCAACUAAUGACUCGCUGCCCGAGGGCUUCAUCGCCAUUCGCAUCGCGACUUUCUUGCCCGGCGCCCGCAUCGCCCCCCGCAAAUCUGUCGGUGAACUGGUCCGGAUUGCUAGCGUACCCUUUAAGAUCGCCCCGACGCCAUUCAGCUUGAUGCUCGGCAUAUUCACUUUAUUCAGCGGGCUCUUUGUCUUCAAGUCCGCCAACUUGAACCGUUCGGCCUUAUUCCGACUGAGGAGGAUCUGA